AUGGGAUUAUUACAUCAUGAUCUUGCGCCGUUCCCCGAGCCCAUCGCUCUUUUCGAUCAAUUUGUUUCGCAGCAGCCCCAAAUUAUAGUCCUUAAAGAAAAGGUCCUUUCUGUCACUGGGGACAGCUUUGACAUCAAGUUCGAGAAUCAACAGCCUUUCCUGAAAGUUCACGGGGCCUUAAUAUCCAUCUCUGGCCGCAAGAAGGUCGAGGAUGCUUCCGGCACGCACCUGUUCGACAUUGUUAAGAAGCAUUUCCAUCUCCAUACCACUUACGCCAUUGAGGACAUUCACGGCAAGGAGAUCUGUGAAAUAAAGAAUAGUCUUAAGUUGGUGGGCUCCAAGGCCACCGCCACAUUCACCGACAACAAAGACAGGACACACAACUUCACAAUGAAAGGAGGAUGGUUCGAUCAUACGGCAGACAUUGUCGACGACAAGACCGGGCACUCGGUAGCUCGCGUUGACCGUAAACUGCUUAGCCGUCGUGAUAUUAUCUUCGGUCAGCAGACUUACGCGGUCGUCGUGGCUCCUGGGGUGGACGCAGCCUUGAUGGCCGCCUUGUGUAUCUGUUUUGACGAAAAGAACAACGAACCGAGUGACUAG